CCGCUGGCUCGGCGCAAAGUUUGCGGCCGCCGCGCCCGCCGGUGCUGGGAGCGCGCCGGGCGGCGGGGGACGAACGGCCAUAUUUGCCGGCGCGGCCCGAGCCCGGCCGCCCAAGUGCGCGGGAGCCCGGCGGGCGCUCGGACGGCGCUCGGCGCGCGCCGGCCGCCGGGGGGAUGUCUUACAAACCCGCCCUGGCCGCGCACAUGCCCGCCGCCGCCCUCAACGCCGCGGGGAGCGUCCACCCGCCGUCCACCAGCAUGGCCGCGCCCUCCCAGUACCGCCAGCUGCUGAGUGACUACGGACCACCGUCGCUGGGCUACACGCAGGGAACAGGGAACAGCCAGGUGCCGCAGAGCAAAUACGCCGAGCUGCUGGCCAUCAUCGAAGAGCUGGGGAAGGAGAUCCGGCCCACGUACGCGGGCAGCAAGAGCGCCAUGGAGAGGCUAAAGCGAGGCAUCAUCCACGCCAGAGGGCUGGUCCGGGAGUGCUUGGCCGAGACGGAGCGGAACGCCAGGUCCUAGCCUCCCAGGCCUCCCAGGCGCACGCGAGGCUUUCCAUCCUCUUCCAGGAAGUGACAGCUCCCGCCCCCGCUCCGAUGAAACUCGGUCCCAGCUCGGUUUCUCCUCCCGCGCCCCUCCCGCGGUCCGUCAGGCUCCGAACCUCCCGGCUGAGAUGGAGACGAGGGUUCGCAGUUCUUAGGUUUACAUAUUAGUUAGCAACUACCCAGGGCGUUUGUGUUUUUCUAAGCAUUGAUUUCCACGAUGCACGUCAUUACCUGUCAGGCAAACUAGCUGGCCUCCCGGGGCCCUCCCGUGUGUCUCUCCUGGAUACAUUUCUGUUACUCACGUGCUUCUGUUUCUCCUCUGAGCCCAUCCCGCUCUGAGGUGUGUGUCAGUCCGAGGCAGCGCUUUAGUAGCCAGUCCCGUUUGCCACAGAGUAUAGAUUCUGCUCAAUGUAACUUUCUUUCCUUUUUUUUUUUUGCUUAAGCAUUUGCAUGACUCUUAGUACUUUGAAGUCAAUCUUUUAAGUGCACAAGUUUUAAAUACAGAAGAAAGAGCAACUGACUGAACCGCGAACCUCGCCUGACAAGGACCCCUGAGAUUCCCCUAAGGAUGUAUUAGAUUUCAGCCCCGCCUUUCCCAGCAGUGGAUCCAAACAUCUGGAAGAAAGUGACUAAUACUGUUUGCAUCUUUGUAUGUAUUUAUUACUUGAUGUAAUAAAGCUUAUUUUCAUUAACAA